CUGUUGAAAUUCAGAAAGGGAUUUCUUAACCCAGCUUCAUUUUUAGCAUGUUGGGUGUGGAAGUCCAAAAGUUUAAGGCUUAUGUACAAAAAAAAAAAAAAAGUUUUUAGUUGUAUCCAUGCCAUUUGAUUUUGGUACAUUAUAAUCAAUCUGCCACAAUAUUAAUUCCAAAUUUUGAAGUCUGAAUGACAUCUGAAAUCAUGAUAUUUCAUAUUUUUUUAAUUAAAAAUAUUGGUAGGGCAUUUCAAUAAACCAGUAAAUUGCAGUUUUCUAUACAAUAAAGUAAUUUAGAAACAUUUUUGUGCAUUUAAAAAAUAAGCAUCCUCAUUCAAUAUUUUACCGUUAACUUCAUUCAAGCACAAUCAAUAAAGGAGAUAAUAUGUUUCUAUUGAAGUUCUUAAAGCACAAUACUUGAGGAUUCCAGUGAUGACAUGAUUGAUGACAUCACAAAACUUUCUUUGUUGUUGACUCUAACACUAAGUUUUACUUCAUUAAGUAGUAAUGGUAGUAUAGAAAUAGGACCAUGGCAGAGAGGAAUGAAGGCCAUUUUUCAUAAGAUCAUUCAUUAGAAUAAGGAUUAAAUCCUCUCUUAGAUUAUUUUUUUUUAAUUCUUCCUUCCCUUUAAGAUCCAACUAAAUCAACAUUUUUCUUCAUCAUGGGAUCAAGUAAUCUUCCAAGGUUCAGGUCUGAUCUCAGUUUUACAAAUUCUGAAGAUCGUCUUUUCCUCCGGGAAUCAUUAGAAACUGUAGUCAGCUCCUUCUCACUUACUGCAAAUGGCAUCUGUAAAGAAGGGGCAGACAGUGAGCUUCAGGAAGAUGCAUGGAAUGAGAACAAUUUGGAGAAUUGUAAUGAGGAAAAUAUGGAACAAUCACAGAAUAAUAGCAAAGAAAUAGAAUACGAAAACCUUUAUAUAUCGGACGAGGUAAGGAACCAAAUCAAUGGAAACAAUAAAAAGGCUUUGGAAGCCCUAUCUAAAGUUGAACUUCAAAAAGCCAUUGAUCUGUUCUCUGAAGCUAUUGAGAUGAACCCAAGCAUUUCCAGUUCUUACAUCAACCGUGCCAAUGUCUAUAUGCAAUUGCAAAAACCAAAUGCUGCUAUUAAAGACUGCAACAUGGCCAUUGAACUGAAUCCCAAAUCAGCAGAACCAUUAAAAUUGAGAGGAAAAGCAUUCAAGGAAUUAGGCUGUUUAAAAAAUGCAGCCUGUGAUUUUGCUUUAGCUUCUAAGUUAGAAUAUGACAAAGAGGCCAAUUCAGUACUAAAGCAAUUAAAAUUAGGAUUUCAAAGAAUUUCUGAAAGGCAAGCAAAGUGCAUCCUUACAUAUAAGGAAUCUGAGAUACUGGAGAAGAUUAAGAAAGCACAGAUAAUUUUAGAGGAUCAAAAACAAGACCAGAGAGAGAAAAGUAUUAGCAUUGAUCUGGAGAACAAAGUAGUAAGGAACAAAGAAGAGAAAAUGAAGCUAGACCAUAAUAAAGAUUCCCAAGAAAUAAUAGAUGAAAAUAUGGAGACAGAUGAGAAGUGGAAGCAGGCCAGUGAAAACAAAAAAGCAGCUUUGGAUGCCUUGGAGAAAGGUGAAUAUCAAAAAGCAGCUGAGUUAUUCACCAAAGCUAUCAAACUAAACCCCCAUCUUACUAAUUUGUAUGUUUGGCGAGCCAGUACUUUUCUGAAACUUCAUAUGCCAAUUGCUGCCAUAAAGGACUGUAACAAUGCCAUAAAAUUAAAUCCUAAUAUGGCCUUAUCAUACAAGUGCCGUGGAGAGGCAUUUUGUAUGUUGGGUUAUUGGCAGGAGGCUACUAAAGAUUUCUCUGUGUCCUGUCAACUGGAUUAUGAUGAAGAUACUUAUACCAAGAUGAAAGAACUACAAAGAGAAGAUGACAAAAUAAUUAAAUGGUGGGAAAAGCCAGAGGAAAGAAGUAACCAGGGAGAGAAGAUGAGCAAAAUGAAAGAAACUCCUGGGAAAAUACAAGUAAAUAGUCCCCAAGAUAAACCAGUUAUUCAUAAGUGUUGCAUACAAGAACAGGAGGACACAGGAACAUUUCACAUUUCUGAAGAAAAGACAAUUCUGCAUAAUUCCCCAAACUAUAAAAUAUUCCCUCUUUAUUGUUCAGAAGAUCAAAGUGAAACUUAUCCCAUGUCUGCAGUACAAGAACAAGAUCAAUUUAUGGAUUAUGAAAAACAAGAACAUACUGAACUGCAUGAAAGAAGGGCUCAGAAAGGACCUAUGAGGAAACAAAAAUAUGAAACUGAGUCAGAAAGUGAAGACAGUGAAUUGGAAAUUGAUACUGAAGAGGUUAUUGAGUCAGAUGAAGAUCUUCCUCAAGAGAUGGGAAAUGAAAACUUGAAAGUAACUGAUGAAAUGCAAAAACUAGCUAAUGAAAAGAAAAGAGAAGCUUUUGAUGCCGUCAAUAAAGGAGAACUUUUUAAAGCUUUAGAUUUGUUCACAGAAGCUAUUAAGCUCAAUCCACAUCUUACUAUCUUAUAUGCAAACCGAGCCAGGGUCUAUUUGAAGCUACAAAAGCCAACUGCUGCAAUUAGGGACUGUGACAAAGCCAUACAAAUAAAUCCUGACUCAGCCCAGCCCUACAAGUGGCGAGGAAAAGCACUGCAAAUACUUGGUUACUGGCAAAAGGCAGCUAAAGACCUUGCUUUAGCAUGCCAGUUAGAUUACGAUGAAGAAUCCUAUGCUUUGCUAAAAGAAGUACAGCUAAAGGCCCAGAAAAUUGCCAGACUCAGGAGGAAGCAGGAACAGAAAGUUGAUGAAAAGAAGGAUAAGGCUCUUUUGAGUGAACUUCAAGAAACUUGUAAGAAGCAUGAAAAAUCUCAAAUGACAUGUGCAGAACUGGGAAGAAAUGACAAGGAAACUGUAGAGGAAUGGAGAGAAAAUUGGGGGAAAAACACUAAAGAACAAUCAAAAGUAAGUCAAAUAGUUCUGACAAAACAGAGGCGUACGGCCCAAAAUAACAUAGGUAGAUGUUUUCAGGAAAGCAAAAGGAAACAAGGUAACUAUUUUGAGAAGGAGAAAGAGGAGGAAGAAGAAGAAAUAGAAGAAGAGGAACAACAAGAAGAAGAACAAGAAGAAGAAGAACAAGAAGAAGAAAAAUUCCAAGAGAAUUUACUGAAAAAACAAGUGAACCUUAAGCACAAGGAUAUGAAACACCAAGGAGUCCAUCAAAAUGAGUUAGAGGAACAAUUAAGAGCUCUUCAGCAAGAAUUGGAUGAAAAGCUCAGAAGUUAUCGAGAAGAAACUGAUGAAGAAGAAAACACUUUACAGAGAUUAUUAGAUGAGCAAGAAAAAUCACAGCAAAAGGCACUCUGUGAACAAGAACAAACUUUUAAAAUAAUCCUGGAAGAACAAGAAAAAAUACAGAAGGCAGCUCUGAGGGAACUGGCCAAAGCUCAACAAGAGGCUUUAAAGGAGCUUGAAAAAGCUACAAAGAAAGCCCUGGAAGAACAAGAGAGAGUUCAGCAGCAGGCUCUUGAAGAACAGGAAAGAGCACAGGAGGCCCUGGACACUCUGGAAAGAGCACAUAAAAAGUCUCUGGAGGAACAAAAAAAAGUCCUUAUAGCUGCAAUAGAAGAACAGGAGCACGCUCAGAGAAAGUCACAGGAAGAAAAAAGAAUGGCUGAGAAAGCUUUAGAAAACCUGACAGAAGCUCAAAGAAAGAUCCAAAAAGAGCAGGAAAGAGCUGAGAUGCAAGCUAAAGAAGAAAGAGAGAAAGCACAAAAAGCUUUAGAAGAAUUAGAGAUUGCUCAGAAAAAGGCUUUGGAAGAUCAGGAAAAAGCUCAACAAACUCUGGAAGCUGUAGAAAGAGCCCACAGACAGGCUUUAGAGGAACAAAGAAAGAUUCAGAUGGCUGCUAUAGAAGAACAACAGCAAGCAAGAGAAAGUUAUCUAGAAGAAAAAAAGAUGGCUGAAGCCACCAUGAAACAACUUUUAAGGAUGCAAAAAGAAUUUCAAGAGGAACAAGAACGUUCAGAAAAGAAAGCAGUAAAAGAGAGAGAGAUAGCUCAGAAAGCUGUAGAACUGGAAAUUGCUAAAAAGAUGGCCUUAGAAGAACAAGCAAGAGCUCAAAAAGCUCUAGAAGCUUUAGAAAAAUCUCAUAUGUGGGCAUUAGGCCAACAGAAGAGAGCACAGGAAAAUACUCUAAAAGAAAAGAUGAUGGAAGAAGAAGCUCAGGAACACUUUUCAGCAGUUCAGAAAAAAGUCCAAGGGCAGAGAAAGAAUCAGAAGGUGGCAAAAGAAGAAAGAGAAAGAACCGAUAUAUUCCUAGAAGAAUUAGCUCUGAAAAACUUAGAAAUUGGUCAUAAAGAGGCCCUGGAGAAAAAAAAGAAAAUAUCUGAAGAAGAAAAAGAGUUGAUGGAAGAAGCUCUGGGAAACAUUUCUGUAGCUCAGAUAAAGGAACAGGAAAAGCAGAAAACAUCUGAAAAAAAUGUAAUGGAAGAAAGUCAGAGUGCACAAAACACUUUAGAAGAAUCAGAAAUUCUUCAGAGGAACACUAUAAAGGAACAGGAAAGACAGAACACAUGGAAGGCUCUCAAAGAAUUAGAUAUUGCUCAAAAUAAAUUUCUGGAAGAACAAGUCAGAGCUCAGAAUGCUGUGGUAGUAGUGGUAGAAAUAUCAAAAAUGGCAGUGUCAGAACAAAAGAUAGCAUCAAUGGAAGUACAAGAACAAACAAGGAGGCAAAAUCCAGAAAAUAAGUUUGAAGCUGAUCUGGAAGAAAUUUCCAUGGCUCACCGAAAAAUCCAGAAAGAACAGAGAAACAGCAUUGAAGAAAGAGUGCAAAUAUCAAAGGCCCUUGAAAAAGUUGAGAACAUGCAAAAGAACUUCAGGGAGGAACAAGAAAUUAUAGAAAAUGCUCACACAAAGAUCCUGAAAGAGCAAAAAGGUAUUCAGGCAGCAUUGAUGGAAGGGCAGGAACAAAUAAGGGAAAAAAAUCAGGAAGGAAAGAAGAUAGCUGAAGUAGCCCUGGAAGAGCUUUUCAGGACUCAAAAAGACAUCCAAGAAGAGCGAGAAGAUGCUGAAAAAAAAGACAUGAAAGAAAAAGAGAGCAUACAAAAGGCCCUCAAUGAAUUGGAGAUUUCUAAAAAAAAAUGUCUUGAGAAAGAGAAAAGAGCUCAGAAUGCUGUGGAAAUUUUAGAGAGGGCUCAUAUAAAAGCAUUGAAGGAACAGAAGGAAAUUCAGAGAGCAGUGAAGGAAGAACAGGAACAAAUAAGGAACAAAAUUCAGGAAGAAAAGAAGAUGGCUGAAGUAGCCCUGGAAGAGCUUUUCAGGAAUCAGAAAAAAACCCAAGAAGAGCAGGUGAGUGCUCAGAUAAAAGCAAUGGAAGAAAAGGAAACUAUACAAAAAACCCUAAAAGAGGUAGAAGUGAUGCAAAAUGAAGUCCUAGAAAAAGAGAAAAGAGCUCAGAAUGCAUUGGAAGCUAUAGAAGAAAUGCGUAAACAGGCUUUAGAGGAGCUGAACAAAGCUAAGAGGACUGCAGUAGAAGAACAGGAACAAGAAUGGAAAAGAAUUCAAGAAGAAAAGAAAAUGGUUUUGUUGGCCCAGGAAGAGCUUGUCAGGAUUCAGAAGACAAUACAAGAAGAGAGACAGAGGGCUGAAAACAAAGCAGCAGAAGAAAGACAGUUAGCUCACAAAAACCUUAGAGACUUAGAAAUUGCUCAUAAGAAAGCACUGGAAGAACAGGAAAGAGCUCAGAAAGCUUUGGAAGAUGUAGAAAAAGCUCAUAAAAAACUGUUGGAAGAGCAAAAGAAAGUUCAAAUGGUUGUAAUACAAGAACAGGAAAAAAUUGGGAAAAAAUCCGAAGAAGAAAAGAAGAUGGCUGAGGAAGCCUUACAAAAAUUGUCAAAGAUUCAAAGACAGAUUCAAGAACAGCAGGAAGAGAAAGCCUCUGAAAGAAAUUCUCAGGAAGCCUUUAAAAAAAACGAGUUUGCUCAAAAAAAGGCUAUGGAGGAACAGGAAAGAGCAGCAAAAGCUCUGGAAGCUCUGGAAAAAGCUCAUAAACAGGCACUGGAGGAACAGAAGAAAGCUCAGAUGGCUGCCAUAGAAGAACAAGAAAAACUGAGGAAAAGGUCUGAAGAAGAAAAGAAGAUGGCUGAAGCUGCCCUAGAAGAAGUUUUCAAAACUCAAAGAAAACUCCAAGAAGAACAGCAAAAAGCUGAAAAAAUAGCAAUGGAAGAGAGAGAGAAAGCUCAGAAGACCCUAGAAGAAUUACAAACGAUUAAAAAAAAAGCCUUUGAGGAACAGAAACAAGCUCAGAAGGCUUUGAAAGAGGUAGAAAUAGCUCAUCAACAGGCUAUGGAAGAGCAGAAGAAGGCUCAUCUGGAAGCCAUGGAGGAACAGGAGCAAGGAUGGGAAAAAAUGCAAGAAGAAAAGAAGAGGAUGGAGGCAACUCUGGAAGAACUUUUAAGGACACAGCAACAGUUCCAAAAAGAGCAGGAAAUGGCUGAAGAGAAAGCAAUACAAGAAAAACAGAUAGCUCAAAAGACCCUCAGAGAAUUAGAGAUUGCUCAAAAACAAGCUCUUGAAGAACAAAUAAGAGCUCAGAAAGCUUUGGAAAAUAUAGAAAAAGUUCAUAAACAGGCACUAGAACAGCAGAAGACAGCUCAGAUGGCUGCCAUUGAAGAAUAUGAACAGGCACGAAAAAAAGCUAAAGAAGAAAAGAAGAGGGCUGUGACAGCUUUAGAAAAACUUGUACAAACUGAGAUGAAAAUGCAAGAGGACCGUAAGCAGGCUGAGAAGAAUGCAAAAGAAGAAAGAGAUAAAGCUCAGAAGGCCCUAGAAGAAUUACAAAUUCUUCAAAAGAAAGCUCUUGAGAAAAAGAGCCAAAGUCAGCAGUCUCUGGAAGCAGUAGAAAUAGCUCAUCAACAGGCUAUGGAGGAGCAGAAAAAGGCUCAUCUGGAAGCCAUGGAGGAAUUGGAGAAAGAAUGGAAAAAAAUGCAAGAAGAAAAGAAAAAGAUGGAGGCAGCUCUGGAAGACUUUUUAAGGACACAGCAACAGUUCCAAAAGGAACAGGAAAUGGCUGAAGAAAAAACAAUACAAGAAAAACAGAUAGCUCAGAAGACUCUCAGAGAAGUAGAGAUUGCUCAAAAACAGGCUCUUGAAGAACAAACAAGAGCUCAGAAAGCUUUGGAAGAUGUAGAAAAAGCUCAUAAACAGGCUCUGGAAGAGCAGAAGAAAGCUCAGAUGGCUGCCAUAGAAGAAUGUGAACAGGCACAGAAAAAAGCUGAAGAAGAAAAGAAAAAAGCUGGAGCAGCUUUAGAAAAACUUGCACAUGCUGAGAUGAAAAUGCAAGAGAGGCAAAAGCAGGCUGAGAAGAAUGCAAUAGAAGAAAGAGAAAAAGCUCAGAGGGGCCUAGAAGAACUAGAGAUUGUUCAGAAGAAGGCCAGGGAGGAGCAGAUAAGAGCUCAAAAUGCCCUGGAUGCAGUAGAAAAAACUCAUAAACAGGCUUUAGAGGAACAGAAAAAAGCUCAGAUGACUGCAUUGCAAGAACAGGAACAAGCAUUUAAAAUAUCUCAAGAAGAAAAGAAGAGAGCUGAGGCAGCCCUGGAAAAACUAUCACAAUAUCAGAAAAAAGUCCAAGAAGAGCAGGAAAUGGCUGAGAAGAAAGCCCGAGAAGAAAAAGAGAGAGCACAAAAGGCUCUUGAAAAAUUAGACAUUGCUCAGAAGAAAGCCUUAGAGGAACAGAAGAAAGCUCAGGUAUCUGCCAUUGAAGAACUUGAGCAAGCACAGAAAAAAUCUGAAGAGGAAAAGAAGAUGGCUGAGGUAGCUUUGGAAAAACUGUCAAACUUUCAGAGAAAAAUGCAAGCAGAGCAGAAAAGAGCUGAGGAAAAAAACAUGGAAGAAAGACAAAGAAUUCAAAAGGCCCUAGAAGAAUUGCAGAUUGAACAGAAGAAAGCCAUAGAGGAACAGACAAAAGCUCAGAAAGCUCUGGAAGCUCUUGAAAAAGUUCAAAAAGAGGGCCUGGAAGAUCAGAUGAAAGCUAAAAGGGCUGCCAUUGAUGAGCAGGAACAAGCAUGGAAGAAAUCCCAAGAAGAAAAAAGAAUGGCUGAAGCUGCUUUGGAAAAUGUUUUAAAAGCUCAGAAAAAACUUCAAGAAGAGCAGGAAAAUGCCGAAAAAAAAAUUAUGGAAGAAAAAGAGAGCAUACAGAAUGGCCUCAAAGAAUUAGCAGCUGCUCAAAAGAAAGCACUGGAGGAACAAGAAAAAGCUCAGAGUGCUCUAGCAACUAUAGAAAGAUCUCGUAAAAUGGCCCUGGAAGAUCAAAGAAGAGCUCAGAUAGCAACAAUGGAAGAACAGGAACAAACAAGAAAAAAAAUUCAAGAAGAAAAGAAGAUAGCUGAAGCAACAUUGGAUGAACUUUUAAAAACUCAGAGGAGGUUCCAAGAAGAGAAGAAAAUGGCUGAGAAAAAAAAUAUGGAAGAAAGAAAAAUAAUUCAGGUUGCCCUUGCAGAGUUAAAAGUAGCUCAAAAAAAGACUCAGGAGGAACAGGAAAGGGCUCAGAAAGCAUUGGAGGUUGCAGAAACAGCCCAUAAAUGUGCCCUGCAUGAACAGAAGAUUGCUCAGUUAGCUAUUCAAGAACAAGAGCAAGCAUGGAAAAAAUCACAAGAAGAAAAGGAAAUAGCUGAGGCAAAACUACAAGAACUCUUAAGGGCCCAGAAAACUUUCCAAGAGGAACAGGAGAAAGCAGAAAAGAAGGGGAUAGAAGAAAGAGAGAAAUUUCAAAGAAACAUUAAAAAAUUAGAAGAAGUCCAGAAGAGAGCUCAGGAGGAACAGGAGAAGGCCCAGACAUCUCAGCAUGCUCUAGAAAUUGCCCAUAAACAGGUAUUAGAGGAACAGAAGAAGGCUCAUUUGGCUGCCAUUAUGGAACAAGAACAAGCACAGAAAAAAUCUCAGGAAGAAAAGAAAAUGGCUGAAGCAGCCCUAGAAAAUCUCUUGAAACAAGUACAAAAAGAGCAAGAAACAGCUGAGAGAAAGGCAUUAGAAGAAAAAGAGAAAGCUAAGACAAUGCUAAAAGAAUUAGACAUAAUUCAGAAGAAGGUCUUAGAGAAUAUACUGGCAGCUAAAAAGGAGAGUCUGGAAGAACAGAAAAAAGCUCAAAACGCAUUGGACAAUCUGGAAAGAACUCAUAAGCAGGCAUUAGAAGAACAGAAAAAUGCUCAAAGGAAAUCUCAGGAUGAAAAAAAGAUGGUUGAGGCUGCUUUGGAAGAAUUAUCAAGAGCUCAGAAAAAGAUCCAGGAAGAGCAGCAUUCAGCAGAGCAGAAAGCAGUUAAAGAGAGAGAGAGAGUACAGAAAGAGUUAGAAGAAUUAGAGAAUGCCCGGAAGAAGGCCCUGAAGGAGCAGGAAAAAACUCAAAAAACUCGGGAUGUUCUUGAAAGAGCUCAUAAGCAGGCACUGGAAGAACAGAAGAAAGCACUGAAGAAAAUUCAAGAGGAAAAAAGGAUGGCUGAAGCUGCUCUGCAAGAACUUUUAAGAACCCAGAAAACAUUCCACAAAGAACAGGAAAAGGUUAAAGAGAAAACAAUGAAAGAAAAUGAGAAGACUCAGAAGACUAUAGAAGAAUUAGAAGUGGCUCAGAAAAAAACUCAGGAAGAAGAGGAAAAAGCUCAGAAAGCUUUGGAAAGAGCUCAUAAAGAAAUCCUAGAGGAGCAGAAGAAAGUUCAGGUAGCUGCUAUGGAAGAACUGGAACAAGCACGAAAGAAGUGUCAAGAAGAAAAGAAGAUGUGUGAGGCAGCAUUGGAAGAACUCUUAGAGACUAAGAAAAAAUUCCAAGAAGAGCAGGAAAUAUCUAAGAUGCAAGUAAUGAAAGAAUUAGAGAGUGCACAGAAAGAGCUAGAAAAAAUAAAAAUAGCUCAAAAAGAGGCCUUGGAAAAAGAAGAGAACGCUCGGAAGGCUCUGGAUAAUAUAGAAAGAACUCAUACUCAGGCCAUAGAGGAACAAAUGAAACUGCGGCAAAAGUGUCAAGAUGAAAAAAAAAUGGCUGAGGCAGCCCUAGAAGAACUCUCAAGAAGUCAAAAACAAUUUCAAGAAGAACAGGAAAAAGCUGAGCAAAAAGCAAACAAAGAAAAAGAAAUAAUUCAUAUAAAACUAAAAGAACUGGAGAUUGCUCAGAGAGUGGCUUUGGAGAAAGAGGAAAAUGCUCAGAAAGUUUUGGAUGCUCUGGAAAAAGCUCAUAAGCAGACCCUGGAGGAGCAAAAAAAAGCCCAGAUGGAACUGGAACAAAUACAAAAAAAAUAUGAGGAAGAAAAGAAAAUGGCAGAAGCUGCUCUGAAAAAACUAUCAUGGGCAGAGAGAAGCAUCCAAAAUAAGCAGGGAAGGACCAUGGGAGAAACAAUGGGAGAAACAGGGAAGAUACAGAAGGCCUUAGAAGAACUAGAAAUUGCACGGAAGAAAGCCCUGGAAGAAAAAGAGAAUGCUCAGAUAGCUCUGGAGGCUCUGGAAAGAACUCAUAAACAAAUACUGGAGAAAGAAGAAAAGGCACAAAAAAAGUCUCAAGAAGAAAAGCAGUUGACUGAGGCUGCUCUGGGAGAACUUAUAAGAACUCAGAGAAAGUUUCAAGAAGAACAAGAAAGGGCUGAAAAAAAAGCCAAGGAAGAAAGGGAAAAAGUGCAGAAGUCCCUAGAAGAAUUAGACAUUGCUCAAAAGAAAGCUCUAGAGGACUUGGCAAUAGCUCAAAAGAUGGCCAUGGAGGAAAAUGAAAGAGCACAGCAAAGGGUUUUAGAAGAAAAAAGGGCAAUACAACUGGCUAUGAAAAAGCUGGAGACAGCACAUGCUAAAGCCAUAGAGGAACAACAGAUAGCACAGAGAUUGGCCUUUGAAGAACAGCAUAGAACUAAGGAGAUGUUUGCUGAACUAGAAAAAUCACGAAGAAAAGCCCUGGAAGACCAAGAAGAAGCAAAAAGGAAAGCCAUAGAUGAACAAGUGAGAGCUCAUCAUGCUAUAAAUGAAUUGGCCAAGAUUCAAAGGGAAGUUUUGGAAGAACAAGAGCAAGCUCAGAAGAUUGCUUUAGCAGAACAGCACAAGGCUGAGAUGAUGCUUAAGGAGCUGGAAGAAAGACAGAGAAAAGCCCUGAAUGAUCAGCAAAAAACAUGGAUGAAAGACUUUAAUGAUAAAAAAAAAACUUUCGGAGAAUUUGCAAAGACUCAAAUGAUGGAACAGGAGAAUGCUCAUAAUAAUACAGCAGAUGAGCAGAAGGAAGCUCAUAAAGCUAGCGAGCUGGAGAAAGCACAGAAUCAAAUAUUGGAAAAAAACCAGCAUAAAUAUGUAGCACAAGUUUCAGAGUCUGUUCUUAAAACAAUGAAUGAAGAAGGCACUGCCGUAUGUGAUGGUGAAUUUGAAGAAGCAGAAAAGAAAGACUUGAUCAUAGUUGGUGGUAAAAAGUUCUGUAUGGAACCAGGAAAAAUUCUUAGGGAUUUAGACAAGAAGGAAUACCAGCAAUUCCUUAGAAACAGAGGAUAUGACAAAAAUUCUCGAAGACCACUCCCAAACUCUGUCUUGGACUUUUUCCCAAACUGACUAAAUUUUAGAAUUCUGAUCCUGAAUGAAAGUUAGAGAAAGGAUGGAUCAAUCUUAAGGUCAUCUGCAACCAUUAAUGGAAGUAAAAAUGGGAAGGAAGAAAUAAGAAGAGAAUGUUUCUAUUUUUAAAGGUUCUCUCCCAUAAGCAGUAUACUUUGUUUAGGAUUAAAUUAAUCCAUAUGGCGUUAGGUUAAGGUUCUUAUAACCAUUCAAGGUUUGGAAAUGCUUCAGGCAAUUUAUUCAGGGGGCAGAGUCAAAACUACAAGUUGGCUUUUUCUCCAUUCAUUCAGAUUUUUAGAACAGGAAAAGUUUAAAUAUUGACCAAGCAAAUUCAUUAUGUUUCCCCACCAGUAUUCUUUUUAAUCAUAUCAUAAAAUUAGAACAUUGAUAAAAUAAAAUUACUGGUCUAUAGAUUUAGUAUUCUCUAAUUUGAUUCAAUUAAAUUUUUAAACAUGUCGCUACAAAAAAUUCCAUAAACAUUGUUUAUUCUAAUAAGCUAAAUGAAAGUAAUUAGAUUCAGAUUUUUCCCUUGAAACCUCCUUAAUCUGUAUGAGAUACGUAAUCUAUAAAUGCUCAACUUUUUCAUGUUUCAACAGUGAGAAGUUCUUUGAUAUAUUUUUUCAAAAGAACCUUUAGCAGAUUUUACCAAAAAACUUCCUUUCAUAACAGCAUGUGUAGAAUUGCCCACUAAGCCUUACUCUCUGAAAGUAUAUAUGAAGAGUGGAUGUAUUUUCAUUAUCAAGACAUUUCUUUUGAAAUUAGAAAAUAAUCCACAUGAAGCAGAGUUAAGAUUCUAGACAACAAAUCUAAUUUUUUCUAUUGGGGAAUGAGCUUAGCAGAAUUUACUUCAAUAGUAAAUUCCAAGUUAAUUUGCUUUCUUAUUUUACUAGGCUAACGUGCCAUUCCAAAUAUAAGCCAAAUAUUGAACCCACAUACAAGUGUUGCUCCCAUGCAUUUCCUGUACAAUACUAUCCCUCCAAACACCAGAACAGCUUUCACACUUGCUCGCUGUAAUAUCAUCCUGUCCACUUUGUUGGUUUUAUAACACACCAAAAGACCUGCAGCUCCAUCAUAUUAUGCUUCCAAAUGUUAUUGAACUAAAUGUUAUUAUAACUAAAUCUUAUAACUUUUUAAUUAUUAUAAGAGAAUAACUUUUUCUUAUCAAUGGCAGUAUUUUGGAUUAUGGAUUAUAUAUUAGCUAAGAUACAGUAUUUUUCCUGGGCCUACAUUCCAAACCUGGGCACUAGGUGGCAUUAUAGCUUGCAUAAAACAAAAUGAUACAGUAGUGCUCUCUUGAAUCUAAGUUAGGUUUAACAUUUUACAGAACCAACUUUCAUGAACUGCUUGCAUAGGUGUAAAAUUUCUCAUUGUUAUUCAACAAUAGUGUUCAAUUUCAUAUAUAUAUAUUAGUAUGAAAACUGUAGUGAGAGUAUGCACUUUGUGUGGCACAUGCUAUUAAAAGCUUGAUUUUGCUUGACAGCAAGGUUGAUAUUCUUGUCCAUACACACAUCUAUUUUACAUGCACU